AUGACAAUAUCGGAAAGACAGAACGCAGCGACGUUCAUUGAGUGUACCACCGUGAAGCCUUUCUAUUACCAGCAGGCCAAUUUCAAAUGUUUCUAUUGCAACGAAGUGUUCCCAGAAGUGCACUCCGUGUUGCAGCACACAAGGCUCCACGAGGCGCCGGAGAGGGCCAGCCUCCUGAAACAUUACCUCAGAAAGGGAAAGCGGGUCAUCAAGGUCGACAUAUCUGAGCUAAAGUGCAAGCUUUGCGAUCAACGGUACUCGGACUUGGACGACGUGCGUCGACACCUUGCCGCGGUGCACAACAAGGAAUUCAACUCGGCCGGCAACGGCCUGAUGGCUUACAGUUUGAUCGCAAACGACGGCCUUCUGACCUGUCACAGGUGCGGGAAGAGCUUCAACUCGUUUUUCCUCUUGAACAGGCACAUGAACGCCCACUUCAGCGUGGUCUGCGAGACGUGCGGCCUGGGUUUCGUGUCGCACCAGCGUCUAGUCAACCACCGCGCGGUGCACCAGGACGGCGUCCACAGGUGCGACCGUUGCCAGGCCGUGUUCCCCACCAAGCUCAAGCUGCGCUACCACGUGUUCAAGAAGCACGAAACGGCGGACGCGAAGAAGUCGCGGCCGCUGAAGUGCCCGCACUGCCUGGAGCGCUUCGCCGAGCACUACCGCAAGAUGACGCAUCUGAGGGAGGCGCACGGGAUCGCGUUCACGUUCGACUGCCAGCUCUGCGGCGCGGUGUUCCCGCAGCGGCGCGCCCUCACCGAGCACACGACGAAGCAGCACACGCGCCGCAUCGAGUGCGCGGUCUGCGGCAAGUGUUUCGGCACCAAGUCCCUGCUGAAGAUGCACGCGCGCGGCCACACCGGUGAGCGCAACUUCUCGUGCGCGGUGUGCCACAAGGCCUACAUGCACGAGCGCACUCUGCGCCAGCAUAUGCGGACGCACACGCCCGCAUGGCGGCUCGCGUGCCCGGAGUGCGGCAGCGGAUUCCACGGCCGCUGCGAGCUCGACAAGCACAUGAAGCACUGGCAUCCCAACUGGCAGCAGACCACCAAGAGGGAGACAGAGGCCGGCUCAGGCCGACAGGGCGCUCUCACCAGCAAAUGGGAGAUGACACUUUCGGAGCGGCAGAACGCCGCGCACCUCCUAGAGAGCACUACCGCCCGCCCGUUCGUGUAUUGUCGCUACUAUUUCAAAUGCUUCUUCUGUCACGAGCAGCACUCCGAGCUCAGGUCUCUUAUCGCCCACAGCGCUACACAUGCCAUGCCGGACUACGCCACUAUUCUUAAAGAGCUGGUGCCGAAGGGCAAGCGUACCGUGAAAGUCGACAUAUCCGAUCUAAAAUGUAGACUUUGUGGAAAGGCGCUCGAGGGUGUGGACAUGGCCCGCGAGCAUCUGGUCUCGGAUCACGGCAAGGCCUUCACGGCGUCGGGCACUGGGCUCAUCGCCUACGAUCUGACCUCUACCGACGGCCGCCUCUCUUGCCACGUGUGCGGCAAACAGUUCAACACCUUCGUGCUGCUGAACCGGCACAUGAACGUGCAUUUCAGCAACGCGGUGUGCGACACCUGCGGCGCCGGUUUCAUGACGCACCAGCGUCUGAUGCUGCACAAGGAGAUACACACCGGCGGCCACCGGUGCGGCGAGUGCGCCAAAGUGUACACGACCAGCUCCAACCUGAGGCACCACGUGGAGAAGUGCCACGGGGGAACGAGAAAGCGCAUGCUGCGCUGCCCACGCUGUCCCGAACGCUUCGCCGAGCACUUUAGGAAGCUGAAGCAUUUGAGGGACUCGCACGGGAUAACCUUCAGCUUCGACUGCGAGCAGUGCCGCUCGACGUUCUCGAGCCGACGGGCACUGACGAUGCACACGAACAAGCACCACACUGCGAAGACACGCUGCUCGCUGUGCGAGAAGAGCUUCGGGUGUUUGAGCUCGCUGCGGAAGCACAUGGCCUCGCACACCGGCGAGAGGGGCUACCGGUGCGAGCUCUGCGACAAGUCGUACCGCCACCGGAGGAGCCUGCAGAAUCACAAGCGGACGCACGACGACACACGAAUGCUCCCUUGUACCGAGUGCGGGAACCGAUUCCCCAGUGUAGUUGAGCUCGAUAGACACGUAAAAGAGUGGCACCCACGUUUCGACCAUGGGGUCAGC